CGCCAAGCAGAUAGUCGCAGGGCAAGGGAGCUGUGAGUGACGCACUGCCUCCACUGCCACAGGCGUGCGGCGUGCCUAUAAAAAUCUCUCUUUUCCCUCUCUUCUCCUGUGGUGUGAUUUUCUGUGCGGUGCUUGCCAGUACAGGAUCGCCAGCUAGGUCGAGCUCUCUAGAGUCUAGCCUCUUCCUCUCUCUCUCUCUCUCUCUCUCUCCAAGAAAACUCGCUCGCCCAUAUCGCAUUGUCUGUGAUCGAUGGCAGCCUCUUGGAGUAGGAUGCUUGUCGCACUCUCUCUUCUACUCCUGGUGCUUUCUUCUUGCAAUGCCGGCACCGCGAGAGCUUCUUCUUUUCCUUCUUCUUCUUCUUCUUCUUCUUCUUCUUCUUCUUCUGGAGAUGGAGAUGGACGCAAGGUGUACAUUGUCUACAUGGGUCAUAGAAUUCACGACGAUCCUCAGGUGACUUGCGAUCACAACCAUCAAGUCUUGUCAUCCGUUUUUCAAAACGGCUAUGAUCAAGCCAAGGAGUCCAUGGUGUACAGCUACAAGCACGGGUUUAGAGGCUUCUCAGCAAGGCUGUCUCAAGAACAGGCCUUCGAUCUGUCAAAAAAGGAUGGCGUUGUGGUGGUGUUUCCCAGCAUGCCGCGGCAGCUUCACACGACACACUCGUGGGAGUUUCUGGGCUUGCAACAAUCGCAAGGCCUCAAUCCCACCCACGAAGCCAGGAGCCUUCCUCACAGCUCCAAGCAGCAAUCCAAUGUCAUUGUCGGUGUUCUUGACACUGGAAUCUGGCCAGAGUCUUCGAGCUUUAGCGACAGUCUGAUGCCUCCGGUUCCAUCACGCUGGAAAGGCGAGUGUGAAGCUGGCGAGCUGUUCAAUGCUUCACACUGUAACAGAAAGCUUGUGGGAGCGAGAUACUACUUGCGAGGCCUGGCGUCUGAGAUGGGAGGUCCAUUAGCGUCAGCAAAAGAUGGUGGCCUCGACUAUAUCUCUCCGCGAGAUGCGAGCGGGCAUGGAACUCACACGGCCUCUACCGUCGCUGGAAGAUACGUUACCGACGCAAGUUUCUUUGGACUCGGCAAAGGCAGCGCUGUUGGUGGAGCUCCUCGAGCUCGGCUCGCCGUCUACAAAGUUUGCUGGUCGAGUGGCUGCUUCGAUGCCGAUAUCUUGGCCGCAUUUGAUGAUGCGAUCAAGGAUGGCGUUGAUGUUAUGACGCUCUCGCUGGGGCCGGAUCCUCCACAGACGGAUUUCUUCAAGGAUGCCAUCUCCAUCGGCUCGUUCCAUGCGCUUCAAAAGGGAAUUGUGGUGACUUGUUCAGCUGGAAACAAUGGAGACACCAACACUGGAAGUGCUACCAACAUUGCUCCUUGGAUCAUCACGGUGGCUGCGAGUUCUAUGGAUCGGGAGUUCGUUUCCGAGGUUGUGCUUGGCAACAAAACCGUGUUUAAGGGUGCUUCUCUUGCAACUUCACGCAUGGGAGGCUCCUUUGCUCCACUCAUCCUUGCUUCAAGCGCCAACAGGAAGAACUCAACCAAAGCUCAAGCAAGGGAUUGCGCCAGUGGCUCGCUGGAUCCAUCUAAGGUGAAGAACAGCAUCGUCGUUUGCAUGCAUCCUCAAGACUCCCUCGACACAAAGGUUGGCAAGAGCGACCUUGUGCUUUCGGCGGGUGGCAAGGGGAUGAUCCUUAUCGAUCAAGCCGACUCCGGCCUUGCAGUCCCGUUUGCUCUCCCAGCAACGCUCCUUGGCCCGAAAGAUGGAGCAGCAAUCCUCUCAUACAUCAACUCCACAAAGACACCCGUAGCACGAAUCAAUCCCACUGCAACAGUACUGGGAUCCAGACCCGCUCCACAGAUCGCGAGCUUCUCAUCUCGGGGUCCCAACUCGGUCACCCCUGACGUGCUCAAGCCCGAUAUUGCUGCUCCCGGAUUAAACAUCCUCGCGGCAUGGUCUCCCGGAAGCAAGCGAAUGCCAGGAAAGUUUAACAUCAUCUCCGGAACUUCCAUGGCUUGUCCUCACGUCGCUGGCGUGGUUGCGCUGCUCAAAGCCGCGCAUCCAUCCUGGAGCCCAGCAGCUCUCAAGUCGGCCAUCAUGACAACAGCUCUCACGGAAGACAACACUCGAUCGCCAAUCCUCACACUGCCUCACGGAAAGGUGGCCAACGCUUUCGACUAUGGAAGCGGUCACGUAAAUCCCCGCAGAGCUGCCAAUCCGGGCCUUGUCUACGACGCUGGCCCCGGCGAGUUCAUGGCUUACCUUUGUAGCUCCGGCUAUGACACCAAACUCCUCCAAAAGGUAACGGGCGACAAGAGCAUCUGUCCAUCGUCCCAGUCCGCUCGCCGCCCCAUCUCAAACCUCAACUAUCCAGCCAUCGUCGUCUCCCGGCUGGGCGGAGGCGUCGCCGCCACCGCCGCGUCCCAGAACAAAACCACCGCCGCCACGGUCAUUGUUUCCAGAAGUGUCACCUACGUUGGAGCCUCUCCGGCGAGGAAGAACUCCGACUACUCCGCCUCUACCGCCGUUACCACACCUACAGUGUUCAAGGCGAGCGUGGUGGCGCCGCCAGGGAUACGCGUGAGAGUGGUACCGGACGAGCUGAGAUUCAGCUCCUACAUGGAGAGACGAGCGUUCAACGUAGAGUUGACCUCUGUUGACCACACGAAUGGGCGUUUUGUGUUUGGCUGGUUGACGUGGUCCAAUGGAAGGCAACGAGUUAGAAGCCCUUUAGCGGUCAAAACAUAGCACACAACACACAUACACAUUCUUUCAAUACAAAGAGAACGAGCUAGGGUUCUUGGCAAGCUCUAGAGAGAAUGAAGCGAUUCUGGCGCACGAUCGCCGGUGGUGGCAGCAGGAUUCCUACGAUCAAUCCUCUCUCCUGCCGGAUUCGCUACGAAUGGCGCACCAAAGGGAUCGACAGCGUUGGCGACAAGCAUGAGUUCUCUUGCAGCAGCAGGAUUCCAGCAGUAGCAAUGCUAGCGGCAGGGAAUUGUUACACGCGAUGCUCGCCAAGCAUCACACGAUGCAUGCCAGAUGCCAGCACCAAGAACAGCAUGACAAUGUAGGGCGGUGGACUCUUCUCAAGGAUUGUCAGCUGGAAACUCUCAGGCGAUUGGGAUCCAUCGGUAGUUUCUUGCAAGGGACUUGUGUGAAUGGAGCAGGGAAUUUCUUGGUGGA